ACGGAUCAAGACUUUGCAGGCGACCAAGAUGGCGGACUGAACGGCUGUGGCUUCCUGGAAAAGUUUUACAUUUACGAUCCAACAAUGUUAUUCAUUCACGAAGAUUCCUUUUUUCUAAAGUCUACAAGUUGAGUUGGGAGCGAUGGAGUGUUACCGGAAGUGAAGAUUGAAGACGUGAUAGAAGAUGGACGACUACUGCUAUGCUAAGAUGGCGACGUCAUAUGAAAGAGAAACUGAAAGAGAAUCAGCGCCACCAACUUCCAGCAAAUCACCAACGGAGAACAACAUGAAAACUGAAAAUGAAGACAUCCAGCAGCUGAUUGGUCCUCCAGAAGAAUUUUCGCCGCAGGUUGGGGGCUCCACAUUUAAGCAGGAGGCUUCAUGGCCCCCCUGCAUUAAAGAGGAAGAAGAGGAGGCGCAACCCCCCCACAUUAAAAAGGAAGAGGAGGAACUCUGGAUCACUCAGGAGGGAGAGUGUCCUCUAGGGCCGAAGGAAGCUGAUCUCACCAAGUCGCCACUGACUGUUGUCUCCGUGACUGAAGAUGAUGAAGAGAAACCACAAGUAGACAACCUCUUAGCUCCACUAUCAGAUAGUGAGGCUGAAGACGAGGUCGAAGUAACUUUGAGCAGCGAUACAGACUGUGAAGGUGAUAUGAGGACUCACACUGGCAACAAACACUCUGAAUGCUCUAAAAAGAAGAGAGGUAAACAACAUUUGAGCUGCUCAGUUUGUGGUAAAGGCUUUUCCCAAAAGAGCUUUCUGAUUCCACACAUGAAAACACACACAGGAGAGAAAACAUUUAACUGUUCAGUAUGUGGUGAAAGAUUUUCUAGAAAGAGUCUUUUGACUCCACACAUGAGAACGCACACUCGAGAAAAAACAUUUAAAUGUUCAGUUUGUGGUAAAGUAUUUUCUAGAAAGAGCCUUUUGACUCCACACAUGAGAACACACACGGGGGUAAAAACAUUUAAUUGUUCAGUAUGUGGAAAGGACUUUUCUCGAAAGGGUAUUUUGACUCGACACAUGAGAGCGCACACUGGAGAAAAAACAUUUAAAUGUUCAGUUUGUGGUAAAGUCUUUUCUAGAAAGGGACUUUUGACUCCACACAUGAGAACACACACAGGAGAAAAACCUUUUAAUUGUUCACUUUGUCGGAAAGGCUUUUGUCGGAAGAGCUUUUUGACCGAACACAUGAGAACUCACACAGGAGAAAAACCAUUUAAAUGUUCAGUGUGUGGUAAAGGCUUUACUCGAAAGAGCCUUUUGACUCGACACGUGAGAACACACACAGGAGAAAAACCAUUUAAUUGUUCUAUAUGUGGGAAAGGCUUUUCUCGAAAGGGCCUUUUGACUCGACACAUGAGAACGCACACAGGGGAAAAAUCAUUUAAUUGUUCAGUAUGUGGUAAAAAAAUGUCUCAAAAGACCCACUUGACAAAACACAUGAGAACGCACGCUGGAGAAAAAACAUCUAAUUGUUCAGUGUGCAGUAAAAGCUUUUCUCGAAAGAGCAGUUUGACUGGACACAUGAGGAUGCACACAGGAGAAAAACCAUUCUGUUGCCAAGUUUGUGGGAAAAGCUUUUCUCUCAAGACCUAUUUGACAGCACACAUGAGAACACACGAAGAGGAAAAUAAAGUGAAUUGUUCAGUUUGUAGGAAAAGUUUUUCUCUCAAGAUCUAUUUGACGAAACACAUGAGAACGCACACAGGAGAAAAACCAUUUAAUUGUUCAGUUUGUGGAAAAAGCUUUGCUCGCCAGAACCAUCUGACUGGACACAUGAGAACGCACACUGGAGAAAAACCAUUUAAUUGUUCCGUUUGUGCAAAAAGCUUUUCUCUCAAGACCCUUUUGAAGGCACACACAAGAACACACACGGGAGAAAAAACAUACAACUGCUCAGUGUGUGGUAAAAGCUUUUUUUACAGGCAAGGUGUGACGCGGCACAUGAUGAAACACACUGUGGAAAAACACUUGUAGGGGUUCAACAUAUAGUAGAAGAUACAAAUGUUAAGCCACAAUGAAGUUUCUCAGUGUGAACAUGAAAUAUCUUGUCUUUGCAGUCUAUGAAAUUGAAUAUAAGUUGAAAAGGAUUUGCAGAUCA